GAAACCCUGCCGCUGAGCGAGCACAACGAACCCUGGUUCAUGCGCUUGAAUUCCUCUGGAGAAGUACCCGUCCUGAUCCAUGGGGAAAACAUCAUCUGCGAGGCAACGCAGAUUAUCGAUUACCUCGAAGCAACGUUUGUAGAUGAGGAAGUACCAAGAUUAAUGCCGGAAGAAGGGAGCAUGUAUUAUCCAAGGGUGCAACACUAUAGAGAGCUUUUAGACUCCUUGCCUAUGGAUGCCUACACGCAUGGCUGCAUCCUGCAUCCCGAGUUAACAGUGGACUCCAUGAUUCCAGCCUAUGCUACCAGCAGAAUUCGUAGCCAAAUAAGUAACACAGAAUCAGAGUUGAAGAAACUUGCAGAAGAAAAUCCAGACCUUCAAGAUGCCUAUAUAGCAAAACAGAAGCGCCUUAAAUCUAAACUGCUGGAUCAUGAUAAUAUAAAAUACCUAAAGAAAAUACUGGAUGAACUGGAAAAAGUUUUGGAUCAGGUUGAGACUGAAUUGCAGCGGCGAAAUGAGGAAACACCAGAAGAUGAAAAUCCGCCUUGGCUCUGUGGUGAUUUCUUCAGUCUGGCAGAUGUAUCACUUGCUGUCACAUUACAUCGUCUGAAGUUUCUGGGAUUAGCAAGAAGAAACUGGGGAAACGGAAAGCGGCCCAACUUGGAGGCCUAUUAUGAGCGUGUCCUGAAGAGAAAAGCAUUUUACAAAGUUUUAGGACACGUCAACAAUAUAUUAAUCUCGGCUGUUCUGCCAACAGCAUUCCGUGUGGCCAAGAAAAGGGCUCCCAGGGUUCUUGGCACCACCCUGCUGGUCAGCAUGCUGGCAGGAAUGGGUUAUCUUGCUUUCAUGUGUCUUCGGAAAAGGUUUGCCAACAUGAUGUUGUCGAUUAGAACCAGGCAAAAUUAUUUUUAGACCUGUCUGUCCCUAGUGGUGAGUGGAGGGCAUCUCUACCCUCCAGGAAAAUAUCCCCAAUAAAAUAUAAACAAAAUAAAGGUUAUGUCUGUGAAUUAGAACAUUGUCACACAGUAAUCGUCUCCUGCUGUUGUAUAAUUGGAUUGGCAAUGCUGAGAUAUUUGUGGAAAAUAUAUGUUGGGGGGACAGCAAAGGAAAGAAGAGACUUGCUUUUCAGACAAGGACCUGUAAGGGCUGUGACAGUGCUUUGUUAGAGUGGUUAUUGUCUCCUUUACCCAGUAGCUGACCUAAUUAUAAUGCUUUUAUUUAAUAGAUAUGCAGCAAUGUGACAGCUUUUCACUGUGGGUGAAAUACAUUACUGUGCAGAAAUCAGCAUUGUUGAAAUACUGAAAAUAGCACUUACUUCAAA